AUGGACCCCAGUCAAACAGUUGUUGGAGUGAAGAAAGAGCAGCAUGAUGACAUCAAACCAGAUGCUCCCUUCAAAGAAGAAAUCAAAGUGAAGGGCGAGCAGCAUGAGGAGGUUACGACAGAUGCCCUUCUCAACGCAAGAUCAAGAUCUACUGAGCAGUGUGCUCUACUGACAUUCUCAUACAUGGAAAAGAUGAGAAGAGUUAAAGACCCAGAUCUUUGGCAGCUGUUUUACCAAAAGGUUCUUCCGCUUUUGGACGGGCUCCAGCCAGCUUGCGAGACCAUUUCUUCCUCUCGCAAGCUUCAACCUGCUCUGAAGAAGGCAGCGGCUCAUUGGCUUGACCAAAUUUCUGAUCUUCGUGAUCAGGCGAAGCGGUCCCACCGAACUGUCAUUGGUGUCCUUGGCAACACGGGAGAUGGCAAAAGCUCAACCAUCAAUGCUCUACUAGAUGAAGAGAGCUUACUUCCCACGAACUGUAUGCGCGCGUGCACCGCUGUCGCCACCGAGGUGUCUUACAACAAUGAUGAAGACGAAGAGAACCCAUACCGCGCGGAAGUCGAGUUCAUCUCUCGAGAGGAAUGGUCCAAGGAAGUCAACAUACUGCUCAUGGAAUUCUUCGCUGAAGAGACUGAUGAGAGAAAUGAUUUGGACCCGGAAAGCGAUGCAGCCAAAGCUUUAGCGAAAGUUCAAGCGGUCUAUCCUUCAUUGAGCCUGGAAGACCUGACUAGCAGCACUUCGGCCCAGCUGGCUACCCAUCCAAGCGUGAACCACCUUCUAGGUACCACCAUGACGGUGAAAAGCGGUAAUGCGCAGGAUAUCCGCGAGCAACUCGAGCCCUACGUCGACUCGAACGACAAGGAUGAUGAGACGGCGGCAUACUGGCCUUUGGUGAAGGUUGUCAGAAUCUUUACCAAAGCCAGAGUGCUCGCUAACGGUGUCACAAUCGUAGACUUGCCCGGCCACCAGGAUUGGGAUGCAGCCAGAGCUGCAGUAGCAAGCGAGUACAUCAAGUGCUGUUCGGGAGUCUGGGUAGUGGCUCCAAUCAACAGAGCUGUUGAUAACAAAACAGCCAAGGACAUCAUGAGCAACUCUAUCAAGCGUCAGCUCAAGCUUGAUGGAGCAUUCUCGGCUUUGACCAUCAUUUGCUCAAAGACUGACGACAUGACGCUCAGCUCCGGAAUAGAAAGCAUGAAGUCGAAGUUGGACAAGGAUACUAAGGCAGCAUGGGGCCGGGUCCAAGCCCUAGGCCGCCGCACCGCGGCUCUGGAAAAGGAGCUCAUGGUUGUCCGAGGUCGACGCAAGACAUCCCGGGCCUCAACCAGCAGCCUCGACACGGGCCGCACAGCGAAGAGAGCACGAACCGAGCCGUCCGGUAAGCAAGUGGAGAGAGCCAUGUUUGAUAGUUCCUCUGAACUAGUCAAUGAUGGUGUCGUUGACUACUAUCCGAAUGCUGAGAAGCACGAAGAGCUUGCAGAGUUGAAAGAAGAAAAGCGAGAGCUGAUGGACGAGGUUCAUGCACGUCUGAUUCGGAGACGCAACCAGCUUUGCCGAGAUGCUGUCAGGAAGCACCUCGCUAAGGGUUUCAAAGAUCUUGAUCGGCAAGAUUCAGCCAACGCCAACGGACAUGGGCAAGCUGAUGAGGAGCCCCGAGACUACGACGAAAUGUCCGCUUUGACUCCUAUCUUUUGCACCAGCAGCCUCGUUUACCAAAAGAUGCAAGGUCUUGUGGCCGAUAACGAUGAUGAGACUCCUGGCUUUGACACCGAGCAGGACACAGAAAUUCCUCAGCUUCAAGCUCAUGCUCAGAAGUUGACCGAAGAGCUUCGAAUCGCGAAGUACCAAGAAAUACUUAACAGUAUAUGUCAAAUCCUCAACUCCAUCGCAAUAUGGGCGCAGGACACGGCAGAGACUACAGCCACGAUUGACGGGGAGCGUCUAAAGUGGAUGUUGGCACGCUUCAAUGCCGAUUUGAAUGGUGAGGUCGAGGAUUGCCGAGACAAGUUGCACGUGGCAGCAGAGACUGGUCUGUAUGAGGAGAUGAAGCGCUUGAGCUCUGCUGCCAGUCGCGCGGCAGUUCCUACGGCAAUUGGCUGGGGCAACAUGAACUUCUCUACGCUAAAGGCAACUUUUCGCCGCGGCGGCAUAUGGAAGAUGAACAAUUUCAACGAAGACUUGUUGCGACCUAUCACUGAUAACCUGACAGAGACCUGGGCAAACUUCUUUCGGUUCAGUAUCCCAGGCGUGCUCGACAACUUCUCUGUCUCCGCGACUCACCGACUAGGCGUGUUUCACGAGGAUGUCAUGAAGCAACUUGGGAUCCAAGACUACGAUCACGAUGAAUCACCCGCAAUCGUGCAGCUUAGUAGGCAACUCGAUCUUCACAAGUCAAAAGUUGUUAGACUUGCCGCUCAAAGUCGAAUGGGAGUCGAUGAGGCUCAGAAGGACGCCAACAGAGCGUUGACCACGCCAGUUGCCGAAGCGAUGGCUCUUGGCUAUGAGGAGUGUUCUCAGAUGCGUGGAAAAGGAUCAGUGAAGAAGGCCAAAGCCAAAAUUGAGGAAUAUGUCCUCAACCGGAAGGUCAAGAUGUUCCGCGACGCAAUCGGAAACGUCAAAGACGUUCUUGGUGACGGCUUGAAGAUGGUUGGUGAAGACAUGGCGGCCGAUAUCAAAAAUAUUGGAGUUACUAUGGAAGGUGACUAUAUGCUUGCGCUGGCAGAGAAGCAAGAGUCGGCACGCCUUAGAGAGCAGGCGUCUAAGCGGGAAAUGCUCAAGUUCUUGGAGCAUGCCGCGGAGCAAUUCAGAUAG